AUGAGCGUUGCCACGUCCAACGCCUUCGCGUUGCUGGAUGAUGAGGGUACCGUGGACGUGAGUGCCCUGGCGGCCCGCAUUCCUGCGGCCCAGAAGCCUGCACCAAAGCCGGUGGAGGAGACGAAGCCAGAGCCCACCCCCGAGGAGGUGGAGGCUGCGGAGGCAGCCCGCCGCGAGCGCGAGGAGGAGGAGCGCCAGCUGUCCCUGUCGGCCUACGAGGCGCAGCAGGCAGCCAAGCGCGCCAGCCUGAACUCCGCCAAGGGCCCCACCUACGUGGUGGAUAAGGACCAGUUCAAGGGCAUGAAGUCCUUCACCAAGGUGGAAGAGGAUGUCGGCCUGGACCUGCACAAGAACGUGAAGACCAUCGGCGCCAACAAGGGCGGCCGCGACAAGGAGCUGAAGCAGAAGGAGCUGGUCAAGGACGGCGCCUCCAUCAAUGUGGAGGACACUGCCGCCUUCCCAUCCCUGGCCUGA